AUGCUGUUCGUGGCGCACAAUGCUGGGGCGAAACUCGUGCAAGAAGUGGCAUCGACGUCAGAUGAGUGGGCCGGGGACGGAACGUCCUCCACAACUAUCCUUACGGCUGAAAUCGCAAAGAAGGGAGUUGAGUACGUGAACCAGGGACACAACCCCAUCCCGUUGCAGCGCGGAAUCCAGAAGGCUGCGCGUAUCAUGAUGGACGAAGUGAAGAAGCUCGCAAAACCCGUAAAUGGUUUCGGCGACUUGUUGAACAUCGCCACUGUCGCCACGAGCGGGAAUGCGUCGAUGGGCGAAGUAAUUGCCAAGGCUUUCGACAAACUCGGCAACCACGCAGCCAUAGUCCUGGAGAACAAUCCAUCGCAAGAGGAUAAUCUAGAAUUUACCGAAGGCUACACGUUUGAAAGAGGCUACAGCUCCCCCUACUUCUUGCUGGGCGAAGAAGCAGACUUCAUCGAGUGGAAGAACCCGCACGUCAUGGUCUGCGAUUACAAGAUUGAGAGUGCGCAAGCAAUGCUUCCAAUUCUUGAGCAUUUCGUGAGGACCAAAGAGCCUUUGGUCAUCAUUGCUGAGGACUUCUCCACAGACAUGCUCCAAACCUGCAUCAUCAACAGCAUGAGGAGGCUCCUCAAAGUGGUGACUAUCCGGGCCCCUUCGUUUGGCGAGCGCCGGAAGGACUACUUGCGCGACAUUGCAGUGGCAACAAACGCCCAACUAAUAUCUAAGGAUUUGGGUCUACCUUUAGAAGAGGCGACAGCUGAGCAUAUCGGCAGCGCUCAAGGAGUUGUAGUGAGAAAAGACAGGACCUCCAUCUUAACAAGACCUGAGUUCCAGGAACAGAUCCAAGAGAGAGUGCAGAGACUUCAGGGCGAAAUGGAGACGGCCACUUCGAAGUUCGACAAGGAGAAGUUAGGCGAGCGCAUUGCUGCUCUGUCAGGAGGCAUUGCAAGGAUCAUGAUUGGCGCAUCUACGGAGACUGAGCAAAAGGAGAAGAAGCUGCGGUACGAAGAUGCAAUCAAUGCAGUACGAGCAGCUAUUGAAACUGGGUAUGUUCCAGGCGGUGGCGUUACCUAUCUGGCACUAAGUACUGAUCAGUUCCGAAAGAAAGUUCUGGACACGGUGGAGCAGACAGCCCGUGAAGAGAUGAAGGGAGUGGACGAGUCAACGGGAGAGGAGUUCCAAGUGGUUGAGGAAAUGGAGAGCGAGAUUGAGCUGCAGAAAGCUGGAGCGAAUAUUGUGGCGGAUUCAAUGUCCUCCAUUACGAAACAGAUUGCAUCGAAUGCAGAGGAUGCAAAGAAGCCAUUUGGGUUUGGUUGGAAUGCCAAAACGAAUAGGUUUGGAGAUAUGAUUAGCCAGGGUGUCAUCGAUCCAGCCAAAGUGUGCAUUUCCGCAAUCGAGCAUUCAACUUCAGUUGCCGGGCUUGUGCUCACAACAGAAGGCAUGAUGAUUGAGGAGGAGCAAGACCGAAAUAAGUCUGUUUCUCAUGAGGAGGGUGAGCUGUAG